AUGAAUCUAGAGGGGGGAGCGCUGAAGGGGCGUGUGGCUGGUGCGCAGGGCCACUGCACGUGGACCAACCUGGAGGGCCGCGCCGUCACGCUGGGCGACGUGCCGCUGCUCAGCCUGUCGGAGAUGGAGCGCCGCGUGCUGUGCAAAGUGGCCCUGGCCAAGCUGCAGGAGAUCAACCUGGGCGUCAACGUACGCAUUCCUACGGAGUCCGUGAGCGGGCCCGCCGUGCAGAAGCCCAAGCGGAGGGCGUACCUGCUCAAGCGGAAGGCGCUCACCACCGGCAUCUUCGACACGGGCCGCAAGGACUCCGACAAAGAUAAGGCAGCCGGCGACGGCGGCCUGGUGUUCGGCAUCCCGCUGGCGCAGUGCCUGGAGAACGACCCGCGCGGGCCGCGGCGGCGAGAUGCGGCGGUCGGCGCGGGCCGCGCGCAGCCGGGGGCCGGAGGCUGGCGCGGCGCGCCCCGGCCCGACCGCGGGCCGGCGCGGCGGAGGCGCCGGGGGCUGCGCCGCACCUCCCACCACGCUCGCGCGCCAGCUCACCUCCACAUCCCGAGAAUGGCCACGGGGCCGCCCGAAGAG